AUGAACAGGAAUGGGGGCGAGGAGCGGCGGCGGCGGGCCUGGGCGGCGCAGGGACUGGAGCGGCGCGAGCGACGAGGUCGCGAGGAACGCGAGGAGGCGCGGCGCCGGCAGCGGCAGUGCGAGCGCAGCGAGGAGCGGCGGCGGGAGCUGGCCGAGCGCCAGGGACUGCUGCGGCGAGAGCGAGCGGAGCGCGCGGCCCGGGAGGACCGGCAGCGCAAGCUGCAGCAGGAACAGAACCUGAAGCAGCGGGAGGAGGGCCUGCAGGAGGUGCGCGAGCGGGCCGAGCAGGUCCGCAGGGAGCGCGCUAAGCGCGCGGCCCAGGUCAAGCAGCAGCAGGAGGGCCAGUUGCAGCGGGAGAAGCGGGAGCUCAGCAGGGCGGAGCGGGCGCGCCACGAGGCGUUGCUGAAAGGUCGGGCCCGGCAGGAACGCCAGGAGCGCGAGGGCCUGCGGAGCUCCCUGGAGGCCAGCUUGGGACGCGCGCAGGAGAACUACGAGCAGUUGGUGGAGCAGCGCACCCGGGAGCUGCGCGAAAGGGCAAGGCGGGAGGAGCUGCAGGGCCGGCGGGCCAAGGAGGCUGCUGAGCGCAAGGAGCGGGAGCAUCAGGCGCACCUGGAGGCGCUGGCCCGGGCAGGCGAGCGGCGGCUGCAGCACGCGGCGCAGGCGGCCGAGGAGGCGGUGCAGCAGAAGGCGCGGCGCGUGGGCCAGAGCCGGAUGGAGAAGGAGCGGGCCCAGCGCGCCAACAAGGAGAAGGUGGAGAGGGACGAAGACUGCCGCCGGCGGGAGCUGCUCCAAGCCAUCGGUCGCAAGCUGGAGCGCAGCGAGCAGCUGUCUCGGGAGCGGCGCAGCGCGCUGGAGAGCGCUCGCUCCACAGCCCGCGCCUCCUUCCACGUGCGCGAGAAGGUGCGCCAGGAGACCAACACGCGCUCCUUCGAUCGCAUGGUGCGCGAGGCCCAGCUGCACGCCAACCUGGACCGUAAAUGACCGCCGCAGUGCGCGGGCUAGACUGCCACGCUCAGCCCCGUGGCGCCCCUUUUGGCCAUUUUGUCCGGACCGUGGGAAUCGCCAGUCGGGGCACAGCACCGUGGCGUCGCCAGGCUUCUAACCAGUGAGGCGAUGAGAGGACUGAUGUAUGAGACCCGUCAGUCCGCCGCCUUUGUUUUUAAAAAUCGGCUUUGUUUGGAAAUGACAUAGCACAAUCUUCCACCACAUCCCACCUUCUUGGCUCCCACCCUGGCCCUUGCCAAGGUUCCCAAUGUGUCUGUUGAGUUGGAAAGGAAAAGAGCUGGGAGAAAGGGGCUGGGUCGAGAGUGGGGGCGGGGGGAGGGGGCAAGGAGACAGUGCAGAAGUGACUGCCCCCUCCUGCAGCAGUCACCCCAGGCAUCUUCACAAACUUGGUAUCUGAGGUGUCUGCACAGAUUGCAGCAUAGGAGGCAUCUCCUUGGCUCCCCUCCAUCUUUUAAAAUGUGGCAAGUUGCACAGCGCUUGGAGGCCUCGCAGAAAAGCACAGCUCUUCCAAGGUAUUACACCACCCUCAAGUGACCGAAAAGCUAUUGACUUUUGUAUACUAGACUUUUAAUCUGCCACUUGUGCAAACUGUGGUCUUAGUUCUGCUAGGUUUUCUGUUGUUUCCCCUAGAUUCUCUAGUUAGACAAUCAUCUGCCAGUAAUGAUCAGUUUGGAUUUUUCGUCUUCCUUAUGUUCCUAGUUGACACAGGUUUGGUGAUGCUGUUUAGCUUUAGUGGAAGCCCCCAGCCCAGGGAUGUGGAUUCCUUAGGCAGCAGUGUUCCACCCCACUGAGCUUUCUUGCAGGGUAUUUUCAGGGGAGGUAGUGUCUGAUGGCCACCUCCCAGUGUGGGGCCCACUCCUGGCAGACAGCAUCCAUGCCUUAAGAAGCAGAGCUACCUAUGUGCCUGCCCAGGCCGAUUCUGCCUCAAUCUCCAGCCCUGGAUGCAGUCCCAAGACUGGGCCCCAGAGAGUUUGGGGUGUCGUGUUCCCUAUGUGAAGGGAUCAUCUGAGGGCAUUUACUUUACUGUGUGGGCAGAAGAGCUGGAAUUUGCCUCUUUGCCAUGAGGGUCAUGCUCACUAUGGUUUGACAGUGUAUCUUCCUCUCCUCUCCUUCCCCGAAUGAGGAAAAAGAGGAUCCACCCCUACCAGACAUUCCUGGUUCCCUCUCCCCUAGGACUGAAAGUAUAAAGUCAGUCUCUCCGUGCCUCACCUCCCCAUCGUCCAGAUGGGGCCAUCAGUACUCUUCUUUCUCCUGGUACCUCAAGGCCUCCCAGAUCCAAAGCACCGCUUCGGUAUUAUUUGUUGGUCUUCUUUGUGCCUUUCUUGACCUGGAGUUGGGAGGCAGGAGGACUGCUGCUGGCCUAGUUUGUUUCCAGGAGUAUGGAUUCCUGGCCAUGUGUCACGGACAGGUGGUCAUUUAUCCUCUGGGGGAAAAUACAUGCAAGACACUUUCUGGUCCAAAAAGUCCCGUUCAGUUGUCUUCCGGCAACUUUCACCCUUCAAGUGCUUCCUUCCACGAAGCUGAAAUCAGCCCCCAGGCAUGUCCUCCCAAGGACUCUACCUUCAUCAAGGAAGGUGGGGAGUAAAACAUUACUUUCUACAUGAACAGGAUCAAGAGAUAAAAGUUACCAAAAAAGAAGAAGAAUCAGGGUAGAGAAAUAUUGUAUUAGACAUAGUUCAUGUAUAUCCUGUUGGGCAGAAUUGUCCCUAAAGUGUCUGGUGUCAUACUCACAUGCGCACACAUGCACACAUUCUGUUAGCGACUCCCCACCCCCGCCCCCGACCCCAGUGAAAUGCCAACAGGUACAGGAGUAUUGUGUAGAAGGAAGCAGUGCUUGGCUGUUACACAUCAGAUGCUGUGAAACCAGGAAAGGAGCUGUGCCAAGGCUUAUUUCUUGAAUGGAUGAAGUUUUCCUCGAAUUUUCAUGUCGGUAACCAGGUUGUCAGUGAGCUAUAAUAAUCAGCAUUGUCGGUGAGUCAAGGGUAUUUAACUAAAAUGUGAAUGUGAUACUGGUUCUUAACUGGUGGUUCCUGAUUUGACAGAGGAGACUCUGAGACUUUACUAGGAAGUUCCACCUAAAACCACUUCCUUCCAAGGUAUACACAUUCGUUUGAGAAGGAUACAAUCUGUUUGGAUUUUUUUUUUUUUUUUUGGACAAGGCGCUGAAAGGUGAUCUUACUUGGCUCUGUAGUCAGUUUGUUUUCUGACUUCCUGAGUGACUUUGGGUAGAUCACCUCUGUGUGCCUUGGUUUCCCCACCUAUAAAGUGGGGAUCAUGACUUCUGCCCUCCUCACAUAAACACUGUGGGGAUGAAUCAGAAUCAAAGUGGUGCUGUCAGUUCUAGGACUUUGGAAACAGCAGGUACAGUCACUACAACCAAGGAUUAUGUGACUGCACUAUGCCUAGAGUGUAAUGUGGCCAUUGUGACCUGGUGCAGAAAGAAAUGUUCUCGAAAAGCACAUUGCGGAUUAUAAUGCCACAUAUGAUGUGAAGGUCUGGGUCUGAAUGUCACCAAAUUAGAGAUUUGCGCUUAGAGAAAAGCACAGUGUAAAGGAAACAAGACUUUGGGGUUCUUUAAAUACAUAUAUAUAAUUCAAGCAAAAACAGAGGCUAAACCUAGUAGUAGUAAAGAAUGGUUCUUCCAAGUUUCCAACCUCCUGAUCACCCUCUAGAGUAGGGGGCUUCUGUGUAUUCUAGGCUAAGUAGUCAUGUUACUCUUUGAGGAAGAACAAUUUCCAGGAUCCUUUUGUGUGUGUGUGUGUGUGCCCUUUAUUUAUAGUCUUUUCUUUGAAUUGAUGGUAGGGAGGAGUAGUGUCUCUUACUCUGAAAUGCUGCAAGAGAAAAUUGGAGGAGUGGGGCAUGGUGGGGAUGAUGGACAGAGAAAGUCUUACUUCUCCUGAUGUGAAUAUUCUCACCAACUGCCCCGAAUUUGUCUUCCAUGCUGCAAGUUCCUACCAUCCAGGAAAAUACAGACUUGACAUGACCCCAGACCUUCCCACUUGCCCUCUUGCUCAGAGCAGAAAGAGCAUGAGAUGGGAUGAGGAAGAAUGGGAAGGGUUGGAAGAAACUUUAGUUUGGUUCGUUACCCAGGAAACAAGCAGGGCAAAACCAUUUCAGAUGGAAUCAUCAGUGGAGCUAGCCCAUUGUCCUGCUCAAGCAAUGACCAGUGCCUACACCACAUCUGGACAGGAAGACGGAAGUUUCCUUUCAGAAGCACACAGACUGUGAGUCUUUAGUGGGAGCAGUAAUUAGGAUUUUCCAAAGGCACAGUCUGUAGAGUAGUGAAGGCACAUGAGACUGCCCUUUGUGCUCAGGCCACUCUGCAAAGCCCACCACUUAGCACCCCCCUUCCUUUAAAAAGUCCACUGAAACAGAGGGGUGAUUGACUCUUCAUAAGGGGCUGUAUCUUACUUACCAUUGAGUCCGCCCGUGGUUUAGCACCUCUUAUAUAAUAACCACAUAAACACUAGAUGGAGAGAGGGAUAGACAGCGGAUGGGUGGUGGUCAGAGAAUGGUAACCAGAGGACAUUUGCACAGAAUGGAUUGAAUGGAGGCCGCCCUUCAUCUGUCAAAUUAGUAUCAAGCACCUACCAGGUGGGCCAGGCAUUGCUCUUAGUGCUGAGAAGACAAGGUCUCUCUGAUAUUGACCCUGUCUGAGAACAUGAUAUUGUGAGAUGAGCAGACACCUUUAUUUCCUUGUUGGGCUUAACUGCCUUCCCAUCCUGGUAUCCAACCAUAGGCAGACCCAAUAGUCCUUCAAGCACUAAUUUCAAGCCUUUGGAGUUUCCUGGGGACUUGCCAUCCUCCAGCCAACCAUCAUCGAGUCCUUGUUCUCUUUCUCUUAGAGGAGCCCUGAUUAUUCAGGUCAAAUUCAUAAGGUCAUGUACUUAAUCAACUUUAAAUUACAGUACAAAUAGAUUAAUUACCUUCAAGGGCAUUAUUGGUAUUGCCUUUAACAGAGGCAGUGUAAAUAAUGAUCGUCAAUGUAGAGAACCAAGCCUCAGGCCCUGCAGAGUCCCAGAUCACCAAAACAGGGUACCAGCUCCAUCAUUCCACUGUUCUUGCUGAGAUAAGAAAUUCAACAUUUCAGAAGCAUUUCCAGUUUUAAAGUCCCAACAAAAAGAGAUUUUUGAUUCGUACUAAAUUGCUAAGAACGUUCAGUGAACUAGAAUAUUCCACCUCUUAAAGCUUCUAGAUG